GCGCCAUGGCUGCCGCGCCCCGCAGGGCGGAGUCGGGCACCCAGCUGCUUGCACGACUUGAGGGCAGAAGUUCUCUGAAAAAUCUUGAACCAUAUCUGUUUGCUGAGGAAGGAUUUCCUGUUCAUGGAGAUGUCAUUGAAUUCCACGGUGCAGAAGGAACGGGAAAGACAGAAAUGCUUUAUCACCUCGUAGCCCGCUGCAUCCUUCCGAGGUCCGGAGGAGGGCUGGAAGUGGGAGUCAUGUUCAUCGAUACAGACUAUCAUUUCGAUAUGCUCCGUCUGGUCACCGUUCUUGAGCACAGACUGGCGCAGAGCACGGAAGAAACGAUCAAACGGUGCCUGGGGAGGCUUUUCCUUGUUAACUGCAGUAGCAGCACCCAGUUACUCCUCACUCUUUACUCUUUAGAAAACAUGUUUUGCACUCACCCCUCUCUCUGCCUCCUGGUUUUGGACAGCAUCUCAGCUUUUUACUGGAUAGACAGAAGCAACGGAGGGGAGAGUUUGAACUUGCAGGAGAUGAAUCUGAAGAAAUGUGCCGAAAUUCUUGAAAAGCUCCUACGAGAGUAUCACCUAGCCCUGUUUGCAACAACCCAAACCAUCAUGCAGAAAUCCACAAACUCUGCAGAAAGCUCUUUUUCUCCCAGACCUCAGCAUGAAACAGAUGCAGACUAUAGGCCUUACCUUUGUAAAUCAUGGCAGCAAAUGGUAACGCACAGGAUAUUCUUUUCUAAGCAAUCUGAUUCUGGCAACAGCAAGGCCUUCUCAAUCAUUUCUUGUGAUAUCAAAAGAAAGCACGUAGUAAAGCGAUCAUUUACUAUUGCAGAAUGUGGAGUUCAGUUUUAGCUUCUUUGUUUUUAAAACAAUGGCAAUCUCAGUGCUUUACGCAGCAUUAGUGCCUUUUGAACUGGUUAGUUGUCUCUGGUUGAUGAAGACAUUUUGUGACCAUUUACUUAAAGUUUAGUGAAGGGCAGAAAGCUUAAAAUGAUUGAAUUACCAUAGAAGUUCAGUCUAAACUAGUGAGGAAUGUUGAAAUGAUUUGUUUGUGGUUAGUGUAUAAAGAGAUUAAAUCGAGAAAAUUAAAAACAAAGUCAUUUUAAACUCCUAAUAUCCUUGAGUAACAUAACCUACGUGGUAUGCAGCCAAAUGUACCGGCUUGAUUUCUAGGCCGUAAUGCUUUUCACUCCUCCUCUUCCAAGCUACAGAAAUAGGAACCUAGUGGUCCGUGUGGGAGACUGCAAAAAGACAAGUGUUGACUCUUCAUAAAUAUUGGGCUUGGUUUGUUCUGUGUAGCCUGGGGUGUGUGAAAUGCAUGUGCAGCUUUGCCUGGAGGAGUCAUUUUCACAGUGCAGCCACAGCAGUCCUGAGCAGACCGGACUUCUCCAGGUCUGGCUGCUCCCGUGCCCGUGUGCCCGGAGAAGCGGGGAUUGCAGGUGGUCUCACCCCUACGAACAUCUGGCUUUGAAGAAGCUAAAGCCACCACAGAAGUGGAGCCCUGGCUUCCAUAACUGAAGGCAAACAAAAGGCCCAACCCUGUGUACCCGUGAGUUUGUUCUGCGUGCAGUAAACAGCCUAGCCUUACCCUUUGAAAAUGAAGAAGGUUGGGUUUUUCUAAGACAUAGACACAAACAUAAAUUUCUUCCCUGCCCUCCCUCAUUAUUCCCUCCUACUUCUUUCCCUUCUCCCGCGCUUCCUAGGAAUCCAGGAAUGUCAUGCGCCUGGUCUUUCCCGAUACCUGUUUGCCACAUGGAGAACAUUUGUGUGCAGGAUUUGGCAUGCAACAUGUUGCAACUCUGGCAAAGGAGAUGCAGAACUUAUGGGAAAUGCCCUACAGUUCUGGCAAGGGAGAGCAUAUUAUUUAUUAACCUAGAGUGCCCUUUGAAAGC